AUGGCGCUGGCUGCCGCCGCGGCCGCCGCGGCCGCCGGGGUGAGCCAGGCGGCAGUGCUGGGCUUCCUGCAGGAGCGCGGCGGGAAGGUGCCCAGCUCGGAGCUGCUGAGCCGCUUCAAGCCGCUGCUGGAUGCCGGCGACCCGCGCGGCCGCGCCGCCCGCAGGGACCGCUUCAAGCAGUUCGUUAACGACGUGGCGGUGGUGAAGGAGCUCGACGGCGUCAAGUUUGUGGUGCUGAGGAAGAAGUCACGGCCCCGGGAAGGUCCCGAGCCCCUGCCCGCCUGCACCCCCGGGACGCCCGCCCCGCCGUCGAAGCCCACUUCCCUCUCCCCAGAGGAAGAUACUGUCCCGGGAGCUCCAUCCCGGGCCUGGGCGCAGCAGUCGGUGGGACCACCAGAGGACCCGGCUCCGCCAUCAGAGCCACAGGACACCGCCGUGGCUCUGGCCCCUGAGUCUACUCAGCCGACUGGGGAGCUGUCGUUAGGCUCGGCCCAGCAGCCAGGGAGGCCCGCCGACCCCCAGGUUCCAGGUUUUGAGCUUGCCCUGCCCUGCGAAGGACUCUCCGCAGACGUGGCCCCAGCGCCUGGGGCGUCGUCGGAGGCGGCCUCGUCCCGCGCAGAGCCGCAAGACCCAGAACGCGGGCCUGGGUCACCGAAAGGGCCGCCACCACCCCCUCCGCGCGCGCCGUCGCAGAAGCCCUGCAUGCUGCCGGUGCGCUGCGUCCCGGGCCCCACCGCGCUCCGAAUCCGGGCAGAGGAACAAGGCCUGCGCCGGCAGCUGUCGGAGGAGCCGAGCCCGCGGAGCUCCCCGCUGCUGCUGAGGCGGCUCUCCGUGGAGGAGUCCGGCCUGGGCCUCGGCCUGGGCCCGGGCCGCUCUCCGCACCUGAGGCGCUUGACGCGCGCCGGCCCGCGACUGCUGAGCCCCGACACCGAGGAGGUGGCCGCCGCGCCGCCACCGUCCGCCGUGCCCCUGGAGCCGGCCGAGCACGAGUGGCUAGUGCGGGCGGCCGGUGGACGCUGGACCCACCAGCUGCACGGGCUGCUGCUGCGCGAUAGCGGCCUGGCGGCCAAGCGCGACUUCAUGUCUGGCUUCACGGCCCUGCAUUGGGCCGCCAAGAGCGGCGACCGCGAGAUGGCGCUGCAGCUGGUAGAGGUCGCGCGGCGUGGGGGAGUGCCCGUCGAUGUGAACGCGCGCUCACACGGCGGCUACACGCCACUGCACCUGGCCGCUCUGCACGGCCACGAGGACGCCGCCGUGCUGCUCGUGGUGCGCCUGGGUGCGCAUGUGCACGUGCGUGACCACAGCGGGCGUCGCGCUUACCAAUACCUGAGGCCUGGCUCCUCCUAUGCUCUGCGCCGCCUACUAGGAGACCCAGGCUUGGGAGGUGCAACGGAGCCAGAUGCGACUGGUGGCGGAAGUGGCAGUCUUGCAGCCCGGCGCCCCGUGCAAGUGGCUGCCACCAUCCUCAGCUCCACCACCAGUGCGUUUCUGGGUGUCCUGGCAGACGACUUGAUGCUCCAGGACCUGGCCCGUGGGCUAAAGAAAUCGAGCUCAUUCAGCAAGUUCUUGGGUGCCUCGCCCAUGGUUCCACGUAAAAAGACAAAGAUCCGUGGUGGCCUGCCAGCCUUCUCUGAAAUCUCUCAUCGACCUACUCCGGGGCCUUUAGCUGGUCUAGUGCCUAGUCUGCCCCCAGCAACCUGA